AUGUCGGACACAAUGGGAAACCAGAUUCCUCCGAUCGCUUCAGAGGCCGGCGGCUGCUCAUCUCUGUUCUGGCACUAUAUGCAGCCGUGCAUCCCAGCGAACGGACAGUAUCUGACUUUCGAAGAUAUUCAACGAGACGUGGAUACUCGUGACAACAUCCACAUUGCGCCUAUCCGCGUGAUCUCGCUGGAAAAUACUCUCGCUGGCGUCAUUACUCCUUUAGAGGAGGUCCGUCGGAUCUCUGCAUUCGCUCGCGCCAACAAUAUCAAAAUGCACCUUGACGGCGCAAGGAUUUGGGAGACUGUCGCUGCUGGACCAGGCUCAUUGGUUGAUUAUCUGGACUACUUUGAUAUAGCCCAGAUGUGCUUGUCGAAAGGGCUGACCGUCCCUAUUGGCGGAGGUAUUCGACAGGCUGGGAUCAUGUCCUCGGCGGCCCGUGUGGCGGUGGAGGAUAAUUUCGGAAAUAGACCUCAUGGCGAAGGUGGUAGACUGCGAGAAACGCACAAGAAGGCUAAGUUUAUUGAGAAGAUGUAG